AUGGAGCCCACAAUCCAGCAGGCAUCGCAACCCGAACCUCGGAAGAGUCACCACAAGUCUGUUCGGGUUGCCUUUGGUCCGGAUCUAGAAACACACAUUCCCCCGCGUGACAGAUCACCCGCUCCAGUUCCAGGACAUCACCGAUCAUUCACUACCGUGGAGCACAAACAGCCUCCCGUUAUCACACCCGAACGACCGACUAGCUCAUCUGCAGGCGAGAACCCGGUGAUCAUCGAGAACAAUGGCCGACUGGCUUCGGAUCGAUCGUCGGAAUCUGGAAGACCGAUUGCGACCCUGAAGAGGGCCCGCAGCGACUAUGGGCCCAGAGUGGGGCUUGAUAAAGCCAUUGCUGCGGAUGAGGAAGAGGACAUUGCCAUGAGACACGGAUGGCAGGAGGAAUAUACCUCGAGCGAGUACCUGAAAGUCCUGCACUCGAAUUUCUACAUGUAUUUUACAGAGAAGCGCCAUGAGACGAACGGUAUCCCCAGGGAUCCGGUCGGAAGCUGGCCCAGUCAAGACUGGCGUAUGAAAGACCGCCUGAAAACCGUCUCUGCUGCGCUAGCCAUCUGCCUGAACAUCGGCGUCGACCCGCCCGAUGUGGUCAAGACGAACCCGACAGCUAAGUUGGAAUGCUGGGUCGAUCCCACGUCCACUACCGGCGGUGGUCACAAUAAGAUCAUGGAGCAGAUCGGAAAGAAACUACAGGAGCAAUAUGAGACACUUAGCUUAAGAACUAGGUACAAGCAAUAUCUUGACCCCUCUGUCGACGAGACGAAGAAGUUUUGCAUCUCUCUGCGCCGUAACGCCAAGGACGAGCGAGUGCUGUUUCAUUAUAACGGCCAUGGUGUUCCUCUCCCUACUCAGUCGGGUGAGAUUUGGGUCUUCAACAAGAAUUACACGCAGUACAUUCCGGUAUCCCUCUACGACUUGCAGUCCUGGCUUGCAGGACCUAGCCUGUUCGUCUUCGACGUGUCGCAUGCCGGGAAUAUCGUACAGAAUUUUCACACCUUCGUUGAGAAACAUGAGAAGGAGAACGCAGAGGCGAAGAAGCGGGAUCCAAAUGCCAUCGUUCAAAACUACGGGGACUGUAUCAUCCUCGCAGCGUGUCAGAAGACAGAGUCGCUCCCAACUAACCCCGAUCUCCCUGCGGAUAUUUUCACAUGUUGCUUGACUACGCCUAUCGAAAUUGCCCUGCGCUUCUUCAUCCUCCAGAAUCCCCUGCAGACGAAUAUCUCAAUUGACGAGUUUAGAGUGCCAGGCCGGUUACAGGACCGGAGGAGCCCAUUAGGAGAGCUGAACUGGAUCUUCACUGCGAUUACGGACACUAUCGCCUGGAACACCUUGCCACGGGCGCUGUUCAAGAAGCUUUUCCGUCAAGAUCUUAUGGUCGCUGCUUUGUUUAGAAACUUUCUGCUCGCCGAGCGUAUCAUGCGCACAUAUAAGUGUCAUCCCAUUUCAUCUCCUGAGCUUCCAGAAACCCACCAUCACCCGCUGUGGAAGAGCUGGGAUUUGGCAGUCGAGAUGGUCUUGUCGCAAUUACCGGCUCUGAUUGAUCACGAAGAGGGUCGCAGGCAAUAUGAGUAUCAGCAUUCAACAUUCUUUGCCGAGCAGCUUACGGCGUUCGAGGUUUACCUGUCGUCAGGUCCAACGGAAAAGAAUCCCCCAGAUCAGCUUCCGAUUGUGCUACAGGUCCUUCUCAGUCAAGCACAUAGACUCAGGGCGUUGAUAUUGCUUAGCAAAUUCCUGGACCUGGGACCUUGGGCUGUCCAUCUGGCUCUGAGCAUCGGGAUCUUUCCAUAUGUCGUAAAGCUCCUGCAGUCUGCAGCUCAAGAAUUGAAGCCAGUGAUGGUCUUUAUCUGGGCCAGGAUCAUGGCCGUCGAUCAUACAGUCCAGAACGAUCUGUUGAAAGACAACGGAAUCCAUUACUUUAUUUCCAUCCUCAACCCUUCCUCGCCGAUUCCGGUGGGCAAUGCUAGCGAACAUCGAGCGAUGUGUGCGUUCAUCGUCUCGAUAUUUUGCAAGAAUUAUCCUCAAGGCCAGAAUGUGUGCCUUUCUGCUGAGCUCUUUGACUCUUGCCUCAAGCACCUUAUGGAUGUGGAAAACCCCCUGUUGCGGCAAUGGUCGUGUCUCUGUAUUAGCAUGUUGUGGUCGGACUUUCCUGAAGCAAAGUGGAUGGGCAUCCGUUGCGCUGCUCCUGCAAGACUUUGCGAGCUUAAUUUCGAUCCGGUCCCAGAGGUCCGAGCUGCAAUGCUCCAUGCAGUAACGACGUUCUUGGGUAUUCCUGAUUUGACAGACCAGGUUGCCCAAAUUGAAGAGUCACUGGCUAUGACGGUGCUGCCUAUGGCAUCGGACGGCAGUGUCCUGGUGAGGAAAGAACUCCUGGUCUUUUUCUCAACGUUCGUGAGGCGCUAUCAGAACAAAUUCCUGGUUGCUGCCUACGAGGAAUUCCAGGACGAGAAGCAGAACCUCCAGCUGAAACUGGAACAAGAUGAUCCCACCCAUCGGUCACAGAUAUUGUCCCGGAACACGACUUUUGGUACAAUUUGGAAACAAUUACUUAUUCUUUCUGUUGAUCCUCAUCCCGACAUUGCUCAAGAUGCGGCCAUGGUCGUCGACUACAUUCACAUCUGUCUUCUUCAAUCCCCUAUGGCAGCGCUAACUAACAAGAUUCGCAAUGAGAUCUUGGAUCUCUCGAGUCGUGUAUCUCAGAAGUUCCAGGUCCGAGAAAGGCCAGAGUCCAAGAAGACUGCCCCACCGCCGACACCUCCUUCCGCAGCACCACCGAAACAAGAAGGCUAUCUGUCACUGAGCCUCAAACGAACGGCGAGUGUCGCUGCAUCGCUCAAGAACUUGGCAUUUGGCAAUUCAUCCGCCGCCGAGGCGCAGUCGCAGCAAACGUCAACGGCCCCGAAGAGUCGAGUGCCCAUGACACCGAGAGGACGAGCCCCUCCCGAAUGGACGCGGCCUCCAGAGGUUAACGACCAAGUCGCUCCCGCGACUGCAUAUCACCAGGCCCCAACCCCUACUUCACGAGGCUUUGAACCCAGAGAUCCCACGGCUGUUCCGACGAUCCCCUUGAUGAGCAGGUUCCUAGAUUGGUCCACAGAGUACUUCCGGGAACCCCAGAUGAAACCCAAUGAGCCCGACGAGCCCGGUAGUGCGGACUACAACGAACGCCUUUGGAGACGGAGUCGCAACGAGAAGAUCAUUUCGGAGACCCAGCCCCUGAAGGGAGUAGCCGGCAGCAGCCGAUGGGACAAUUCGUUGUCUCUCUUGUCUAACAGCAGUCAACCCUUGAAAAUGUGCUUCCACCAAUUUGAGGAUCAUCUCGCAGUGGCGGACGACAGGGAUACGAUUGCGAUAUGGGACUGGCAGAGCCACAAACGCCUCAACCGCUUUUCUAAUGGCAACCCAGCAGGCUCGAAGAUCAACGAAGUACGGUACAUCAACGAGGAUGAUCAAGCACUCUUGAUGACUGGUUCCUCCGAUGGCGUCUUGAAAGUGUUUAGGAACUAUGAGUCCUCCAAAAAGGUUGAGAUAGUUACGUCUUUUAGGGCUCUGCCGGAAUUAAUCCCCAGUAACCGGAAUGCGGGCCUGGUUCUCGACUGGCAGCAGGGUCAGGGAAAAGCGUUGGUCGCAGGAGACGUCAAGGUCAUUCGUGUAUGGAAUGCAGCUACCGAAGUGUGCACCAACGAUAUUCCCGCAAGGUCCGGUUCUUGUAUAACUUCUUUGACGUCGGAUCAAGUUGCAGGAAAUAUCUUCGUGGCUGGAUUUGGCGAUGGCGCUGUUCGAGUGUUUGAUCAGCGUCUCAAGCCGACAACCUCCAUGGUCAAGGUCUGGCGUGAGCACAAGCAAUGGAUUACCAACGUCCAUAUGCAACGCGGUGGAUUGAGAGAACUGGUGUCUGGUAGCCGAAAUGGCGAGAUUCGGCUAUGGGAUCUUCGAAUGGACACGCCCUUUUCAACGUUCUCAGCGACCAGGGACACGCUUCGCACAUUGAGCGUGCAUGAACACGCUCCUGUGUUCAUGGUGUACGUACAUCUUAAUCAAAUAUGGCUAAGCAUAUUGGCUGACUUUAUGAACAGGGGUACCAACCGACACGAAGUCAAGACGUUCAACGUCAAUGGUACAUAUCUAUCCACCUUCGAGCCCUACUCGAGCUUCCUCCACCACAACCGCUCGUCCCCGAUUGCUAGCACGGCUUUCCACCCUCACCGCACCCUGCUGGCGUGUGCUGCCCUCAACGACAACCACAUUAACCUCGUGAACUGCUAA